AUGCUUUUUGUUGUUAACAGAGAUCCUGUCAUAAAACGAAAGAAAGCUGUUUCUGAACGUGUAUCACCUGAAUAGAAAAAAUUGAUGGAUGACUAUCAAAUUUUUACAUAUCUCAAGAAUGAAAAAAAUAAUCACCCAGCCUCAUUCCAUGUUACUUCUCUACGAUAAGUUCCAUUGACUCAGAGAUCUUAGAAAAUGAACAUCCAAACAAUCAUAGAGGAAAGUGGGAAAAAGCCGAAGAGUGUGGAUAGCAACUAAUAAAUCAAAAAGAAAAAAAAGAGCUAUUUUUAAAUAAAAUUAGAAAGAUAUCAUAAAGAAGUCGAAGAAUAACAAACAAAAAGAAAAUAAGAGCAGUUGACUAAGUCAAAAAAUCUCUUAAAGAAAGAUUUAGAGGACAUCUAGAAAAUGACUAACAAAGGAGUCAGAGAGUUUGAGGAGAGAUGCAAUUUGUAUAGUAAAUAUUAUUCAGAAGAGUUGCUCACCCCUACUGGAGUGCAAGAAGACAUGAAUCUACCUAUAUAUAAGUACUCGACAAUUGAAAACUAAAAUAAAUAUAAAGUGUUGCUUAGAGGUGACCCAACUCCUCAACCAAAAUUUACAUCAGAAUAAGUAUUUGACUAAUACUAUGGUGAUCCUGAUAAAAUCAAGUUGAUUAGUUCAUAAUUGCACAAAUUAAAUAUCAAACUUAUAAAAAGGCCAAACGUUUAAGAAAAUCAACUUUUUGAUGCCAUUAUAAAUAAUGAUAGUUUUACAGUUAAUAAGUUGCUAAUGGAGAACAAAAGCUUAAUUAAUAUUAGAAACAGGAUUCAAGAAACUCCUUUGCAUUUAGCAUGUAAAAGAAAUUUGAAAGAAAUUGUUGAAUUACUAUUGAGAUUUUAGGCAGAUGAAUCGUUAAAAGAUUUAUGGGGACAAACACCAAGAUAACUGGCUUUGAAAUUAAGACAUUUGGAGAUUUUGAAGGUUUUAUCUUAUUUAUGA